AUGACUGAACCCCCAAACACCAUCUUCAAGUUUAGAGAGGAGUUCAUGGUUUUUCCCAUAGGUGACCACAAGCCAACUCUAAGACCAGCCCAUUUCCUCAAUCCCUCUGUGACUUUCACUGAUGAACCAAUCUUUGAGCUUCCUUCACUCUUUUCCUCUUCCCUACCACCCACUUUUGAGCCCUCAAAAUGGCCUUUGAAGCUCACAUUCAAUAGUUGGCCUUGGAAACCACCAAGAAAUUGGAAAACUUGGGUUGAUUCCUUGCGUCCCAAGUUUCAAUCCUUAUGGAAGAAAGCAGGUAUUUUUGAAGCCAUUAUGAAUUCUACUUACGUAAUCAGAAAAAGCAAUGACUUGGUUAUUGGUAUUGCUGAGAGAUGGUGUAGUAAAACCAAAACAUUUAUUUUUCCUUGGGCUGAAGCAACACUCACAUUGGAGGAUAUAAUAGUUUUAGGAGGUUUCUCUGUUUUGGGACACUCUGUUUACAUUUCCAUAGAAUCCCAGGAAUUGAAGGAAAUAGAAGAUAAACUGAUUCAAGCUAGAGUUGAAACUGGGAGGAGUAAAGCUCGCAAGGCUUCCCCAUCAGAGUGGCUGAAGUUGUUUAUAAAUAGUGGGAGUGAAAUUGAGCAUGAAGCAUUUCUUGUUAUGUGGUUGUCAGUGUUUGUUCUUCCAAAUUCUAAUUUGAUAAGGAAACAAGUUUUUCCUAUUGCUAUUCACCUUGCUAGAGGGACCCGAAUUGCACUUGCCCCUGCAGUUCUUUCUAGUAUUUACAGGGAUCUGUGUUUGUUGAAAAGAACCAUUGUUGGUUUAAACAAAUUUGACGGUGGUGAGAAUGAAAAUAGUUUGUUGGAAGUAAUCAUUCGGUCACCAUUUCAAUUAGUUCAACUUUGGGUGUGGGAGAGAUUUCAAGCAUUACAACCAAAACCCAAGUUGGUCAUACGUGGUGAACCGGCGUUUGCUAGAUGGCAUGGAGUUAAAAGUGUGAAUGUUGAGAAUGUAAGGUUGGCUCUACUCUCAGCAGGAGACACCUUUCUUUGGUGUCCUUAUGCCUUGUAUAGGUAUAAAUCGGAUUUCCCAAGAUUUUUUAGGGAAAAGGAAAGGUGGGUACCAGUUGAUCCUAAUUUGGAUGAAGAAAUAGAGGCAUUUGCUAGAUGCAUGAGGGUCUCCCAGCUUGUUGGACUUGGCUGUAUAGAAGAGUACUUCCCACAUAGAGUUGCAAUGCAAUUUGGAAUGGAUCAAGAUCUUCCUGGUUGUGUUACUCAAUGCAAAAAGACUCCUGAAAUUGCCUGGAACAAUUACAGUAAGCCGAUAAGUGAUGUGAAAUUAUAUGUUCCAUCAAGGCUUAGUGAGAUUGGUGUUACCUCUCAUUACUUGAAGUGGUGGAAGCAAUCAAUAUCGGGCCAGCAAGACUCAAUCAUGCUUAUUGCAAACAGGCAAAGGAGCAUGAGAAUACUAAAUCAGGCACCACAGGCUUCAAAAGGCAAUGAUAGUGAUGUUCUGCCUGGUUUUCCUCCCAAAUGUUACAAGGUUAAAGCAGGUAACUCUGUCAAUGUAGAUAAAACAACGCAGAAAAAGGUACUACAAGCUUUAAUAGGAAGAAAGAGAGGCAAUGAUGGUGAUGUUCCACUAGGUUUUCCUCCAAAACAUUACAAGGUUGAUGUAGGGAACUCUAUGGAACAAGAUAAAUCAGCAAGUGAGGGAAUGAGAUCCUAUGGCAUGCAUAAAAGUCUAGGUAAAAGACCAAUUGGUGAUGCCAUGCAUUAUUCGUUGGGCCAAUCACAAAGUUUUUCAUGUGGGAAAGAUAAAGUUAAUGAUGGAGCUACUAGAAAGGAGCCAACAAUGACACCUGUGGAAAAACUUACAGGUGAAGCUGAAGUAAGAGCUUUAGAGAGAGCCAUGGAAGUUACAAGUGAGGGGAAUGCAGUAAGUCUUGUUGACAACACGGUGAGCAUCUAUGAUAAUUAUGGAGAAGGUAGUAGCUACAAACCUGAAAUAUCAGGACUGAAACUUGAAGCUCGGAUUAUUAGGCUCGAGAGAGAGGUUGCUGAGCUAAAAGAAGCAAUUUUUGGCAACAGGUUUAUGGAAAUACCUACCAGAGAAGUUAUUGAGAAGGUACUGUUUGGGGGACAUUGGUUUGAAGAGGUAAUGAAAUUUGGAUAG